AUGCGAUUCUACUGGGCUGCUCUGUUGGGCCUCCUCCCACUGGUGCUGGCCGUCAAGUCCCUGAAGUCUGUCAUCGUGACUUUCCCUCCGGGAACCCCUCAAAGUGUCGUUGACCAGGCCAAGGAUUCUAUCGUAACAUCGGGUGGUGUGAUCACUCAUGUAUACCAUCUCUUCCCUGGCUUCGCUGCCGAGGCCCCCGUGAAUACCCUCCAAACCCUCUCAACCCAGGACGCUGCGUAUAAGCCUACUAUCGAGGAAGAUAAAGUGGUGUCCGCAAACGGGGAGUAUGUUGGCGAAGAGCAUUCCUUCUAA